GUUUAAGCGACGUAACAUACUACUCCCAAUAUGGCUUCGGAAGCAACUUAUUCCUGUGCUGAUGUGUUUUCUCAAGAAGAUUUAUCCCUCUUAGCGAAAUCAUUGAAAGAUGAGAAGUUUCGUGCACUCUUCUCAGAGUAUGCCAAAGAGGUUUGUGAACCAGAAAAUCAAAAACAGUUUGAAAGAGAACUAAAACAAUUGGAAAAAGAGCGGGGCGUGGAGGCUGUUUUCGUUCACCCAAGUCCCGGUUUUGCGUUGGCAGUGGGAGGCCAAAAGAGCGGCCCCGUUUUUGUGAAUAUAUGCAGCAGUGAUGUUGUACAGAAACCCAGCUUUACCAGGGUCGAUGACGGUGUAAAUAAAGGUGAAAAUUGGUCCUGGCCACAUGCUUUACCCAAACCCCGGCGGGAGUUGCUAAGUAAGAAGGUGCGGUUGCUAAGGGGCGACGAUAGUAAGGCUGUGAAUGAUGUUGGUAGACAGGCGGUGGUGCAUGAUGUCGUCUUCCACCCCGAUGCUUUACAACUGGCCUCCGGCAGUCACCUCAUGAAACACACACUCAUACAAACGGCAAUGGACAGCUUGUGCAAAAAUUUUCAGAUAAAAGCAGAGCAACCAGAGGAGAUUGAGACUAGUGUGAAGUACAUAGGAAAGCCAAUGCAGUCUGUGAUAAAACGAGUAGUAGAUAAGAAACUGUUUGAGGCAAGUGAGCAAAUGAGUUUUCAUCAAGAUGAGAGGACUAAAGUUCUUGAAAAUGAAAUUAAAAAUAUAAAUGAAGAAAGUACAAAUUCUGUAAUGAAGGAAGAGGUGGCUGGGCCAUUAAAACCGCAGUACAAGGUGAAACAUGUGAGCAAAAUGGAUUUGCAAGACUUCUCUGUACAGUUGAUACCUCAGUGUGGUCCAGCUUGGCGUCCUCACACCCUCGAAGUUGAGGUUGAACUUCCUGGUGUGACACGAGCCUCACAGGUUGAUGCUAAUGUGUGGCCACAGUCAAUUGUACUUUCCACUGAUUCAACCCCACAGUACAAACUAGAGCUGCCACUUCCUUAUCCAGUUGACGAGGAUUUAAGUGCAGCCAAGUUUGAUGUGUCAACUCAGAAGUUAACUCUUACUCUUAGUGUUAUACCAGCAAACAAGAAAAAUCAGGGAACGGUUCAUGAUCAUUCCCCUUCCUCAGACUCAGGUAUUGAAUGUGAGCCAGAUUACCGGACUAACAGUGAUGGAGAUAAUUCCUCUGAAGUGUCUUUGUCAUCGCAAGAGGAAAGUUUGAAGGGAAUCGAUGCAACUGAAGAAGAGGAAGAUAAUGUAUUUGAACCGACACCAUCCAAAAGCAGAGUCACACUUAUCCCAAGUUAUACAGUUAAACAAACUAAAGAGAGCCUUUGUGUUGUCCUGAACUGUGGUAAUGUUCUGCCGAGUAGUGUUGUUGCGAAACUGGUGGAUGAUCAUAGUGCCCGAGUGGAGUUAUCUAGUAUUGGUGGCGGGCACACUAUGCUACACUACGGAUUGACAGUGGUGUGCAGUCCACUUCAGAUAGCAAAGUCUGGAGUGACUUCUAAAGUUCAAGAUAGCAUAGUUGAAGUAACUAUCAAAAAGGCUGUGUCUGGUCAGUGGGAGACUUGUCAGAUUGGUGAUGGUGAUCGUCUGACCACUGUGGUGCUGACAUCCAGUAGUGCCUUGGAUACUGAAGCAAAAUCUAGUAAAAAAUCAAUGAAAUCCAGCAAAGAACCUAAAUGUGAGAGUUUGGUCAAGUUGGAAGAAGCAGCAAAGAAGCAGGAUGAAGGAGUGGGUCUACCUCGGACCCCAAGGAUGUCCCGGACGGUCAGUAUGUGUGAGACUGGAACUGGCCAGACCCUCAGGCUGCGGGGACCCACAUGCUCAUGGCCUCGAGGUAUCCUGAAGCGCCGCACCCGCUCCCUCAGUGAGUCCCACAUUGGGUCUGUCUCUUCCAUGGCACCACUAGGGUCUCUGAGUUCCUCUACUGACUUGAAGGUGUUGGAGGACAAGCAGAAAGAGCAGGAGGAAGAGGAGUGGGAAGAGAGCGUUGAAGAGAGUAUGUCCUCCAGCCUGGGAGAGAAGAAAAGUGUGCGUUUCAAUGAAGUGGUGUCUCGCCAACUUUUCCGAACCAACUCAUCAAUUUUAGGUCAGCGUGCCAAGAACCAGCGAAAAGCCAUGAGAAAACGCAAGUGUCAACAACGUCAUGCUUCAGACAGUGAUCGGGGAAGCGAUCGUGAUGUGCACUCGAGUGGUGACCUGAACUCUGCUACCAUCUCGACUGACGACGACACCGAUGCUACUACUACUGACACCACUGAGGUCUACGAUCUUGAUGACAUCAGUCUUACCAGUGACAUCCUCGAUGUUAAGAACAACAACAUGAUUAACAACAGCAGCAGCAACAUUCGCAGUAACUGUAGUGACAUUAUUCAAAGCACUGAAGAUCAGAAUGAGAAAGAAAACAUCAAUAAUAAUAACAAGAUCAGUGACCCCAGCAGCAAUACUAGCGAUGGUUUCCACAACGAGGAUGAUUCUAAUGCUGGAUUCAUCAUAAAAACCAACAAGAAGAAGAAGAGGAAGAGUAAAAAGAAGAAUGCUUUUGAACCUUCUAAUAACUUCAUUUUCCAACUUGACUUGGACAAUUAAGAACUUGCGUUGAGAAAUUAAAUGAGCUACAUGUUAUGGCUAAUAAGACAUUGUCCUGUAUAUUGUAUUGCAUUUUGUAUUUUGUUUUCUUGGAGGAAAACUUAAUUUGUGUUAAUUGCUUUAAGUUGUACAGAUUUGUAAAUACAUAUACAGUACAGCAAAUGAAUACUGUAUGUGCAUUAUUAAUUUCAGUACAGUACCCUGCUGUAUAAUGUUUUACUUUGUCAAACUACUGUAGUAAGUUUUCAUUUAUGUGGUAUUGCUAGUGCCCUUACCAACAUAAUUUUUGGUAAAUACUUAUAAAUACUUAAUAAUGUACGUUCUGUACUGUAUAUGUAACAUUUUGUUGUACCUGUACUGUAUUAGUUCCCAAAUUUAUUACAGUACUGUAUACUGAUAAAUCCCUUCUUAUCUUGCAUUUUUUGUAUUACUCUCCGGUGCUGCCUGUGCUAUUGUGUGUUAUCUAUACCAGUGUUAUUUGGUUAUCCUAAUGGGAGUUAAAUUACAGGAUUAUUAAACCACUUUUGAUUUUUGUCUCUUGGUACAAUACUUGUCACUCGUCAUUAGAAUACUUCAGGCAUCUAGUUCUAAAGAUAAUGCUUGGAAGGAAAGUGCUAUAAGCAUUGAUUUAUUGACUGAGGAGUUGUUAUGGUUUAUCACUUAUUUUUAAUUUUUAAGAGUUAAAACUUUUUAGCCUAUACUGUAUAAGAUAUUAAAACAAGAACUGACAGGUUAACACAAUUGAUAUCAUAAUGCUUAUUGGUGGGUUUUAGUCCUUGUAGGGUGCAUGGUCACGUUUCUCAUUCCAGCAAGGAUAGAGGCCAAGGGCCCAGGGUGUAAUCUCUUCCAUGAGCAUUAUAUUUGAGAAUGGAUUUUACCUGAAACAUGAAGCAGUAGAAAUAUUUUUAGUGUAGAGUGACUGUAUGAACUGUGGGAAUACUUUUAAUUCAUCAAUUAUAAUUGAUCUUUGCAAUAGAAUUAAUUUAUUCAUGUAGAGAAUUAAUAUUAUUUUUUAACAUGAUCAUAGGUAGCAUUUGCUGCACCAUUGGUUAGUCUAUUAGAAAUUAUGACCAAAAUAUCAUUGUGUAUGCCUGUUGUACCUAAGUCUUGGUUGAGCUGAAGAGUUGCAUUUGAUAUUGGUGGUAAAGUGUUAGUCUGAUGCAAGUGUAAGGUAAUGUGACUUAUUCAUCAUUAUUAAAAGCUGUGGGAGUAUGAUACAAAGUUGAACAUUUAGAAAGUCUUGUUGGUACAAGUGAAUUCAAAGUCAUCCUUCACAUUGUAGAAUUAGAAAUUAAGUGUCGGUGAACUAUGGGUGGAAGCCGUUUAAGUUAUUAACAUGUCACACACUGUUGGAGAUGACCUACACAUACAAGUAUGGAUGUUUUUAAAAAUUGCCAGUGUGAUCAUGCAGUCAACCUUGAAUGCUAUUGUAGGUGGCCAGUAAUCACACAGUCAAUGAUUGUGAAUGUUAUUAAACUUGGCCAUUGUUAUUGCACAGUCACUCGUGAAUGUUAUUGUAGAUGACUAGUGUGAUCUCACAGUCUACCAAUAGUUUUGAAAAUUACGAAUUUGACAUCUUCUCUUUUAUGUCUCCAGUAAAGCUGUUAGAUAUUAGUCUUUUAAAUGGAUUGUGAAAAAUAUGGUCCUGGAAAUUUAGUCAUUAUGAAGUGUGUUUCAUCAUUAGCACUUAAAAUUAAAUGAGUUGAGGAAAUCUUAUUUAGAAUAUAUGAGUAUAUUACUAAGGAAAUUUUUUUCUCUUUAUACAUUUAAGGUUCGUUAUUUAUUCAGUACUAAAUUAUUGUCUUUGUAGGAAACCAGAUACAAACACCUUUCCAGAUACGUAACAUAAUGUGCACAAUACAUGUACAACUGAAAUAUAUUAAAAUUCUUAGUUUACUUUUAAAUCCAGUUUUUGAUGGCCUUUACUGUGAAAGGUAUACAUGGCAAUAUUGUCUCCUGAUGAGAUCUAUCGCUGUUUUCACCAUCACUGUUAAAGUACAACUUAAGUACACCUAACAUUGAGUGUUAUUCUGCCCAGUACAGUAUUGUACCUGUGUAGUUAAAAGUAAAAUAAAUAUAUUUAAUAUUUAU